GUAGCAGUCAUUUGUGUGAUCAUCCUCCUGGUGUGUACUUUUCUGUUCACAAAUAAUCUGCAACAGACCCCGGGCAGUGCAAAUUCCUUCAUGAGCUCCAUAUGGACUGAUAGUCACACAGAGGCUAAUAGCCUAAAAUAUCGCAAACAUCGAGAUGACCUGUCCAGACAGUUGAACGUAAUGAAGCAGCUCUACGGACAACAGAAUUGUGAGAAACUGGAACUUCUGAAAAGUAAAGACGAGGAAGUUGACGCAAGCGUCUCAGAAAGCGGAGGAUGGUGUGCCAACAUGAGUAGCCCUAACAGCACUGCACACAUGUGGGACAAGGGGUUUUCUACAGCCCUCAGCAACUUCUUUAAAGGUAAAACUGUGGCCAGUUUCGGAGAUGGCCCUGGUCAAUACAAGAAGCACAUCGAUUCUCUUGGUCAGGUGUCCAGUUACGUUGCCUAUGAUGGCGCUCCAUUCUGUGAGACAGUUACUGGUGGUCUGGUGAAGUUCCUAGACCUGACGGCGCCCCAGUACGGAUUACCUGCCUACGACUGGGUGGUCAGUGUAGAGGUGGGGGAGCACAUUCCAGCCACGUUUGAGGACAUCUACCUGGACAACCUGGUCAGACAUGCCAAGGAGGGCAUCGUACUCAGCUGGGCCGUCCCUGGUCAGGGCGGGUUGUCACAUGUCAAUAACAAAGCCCUAGAAGCGGUCAUUGCUCAGAUGGAGAAGCGGGGAUUCAUAAUUGACCAGAAAACAGGAGCUCAACUACGACAAGCUUCAGAACUUCCUUGGCUGAAAAGCAACGUGAAUGUGUACAGGAGGGAAAAACUUGACUCUUUUAGUGCAGACGAUGUCUAG